UACGUGUCAGAAGAUUGCACAUUUCGAAAUACAAAAAUUUGAAGAACGUCUUCUCGGCAAAUCGACUAGUGCAAAUGUCAAUCUGUCAUGGUUAAAUUGUCAAAAAUUUCAUUAAAAAAUGUGUGAAAAUUAAAAAAAUGGAGCAAUAGAAAAAUUCGAUCAUAAAUUACAAAUUCACGAUGGCAGAUGUAUAAUGGAUAAGAAUUUUGAAACUGAUACGACAAAAAUUAUAAUACAUGCCUACACCUAUACAGCAAUAAACUAUUGCUUUAAAAUGUAGAUGUCGAUUGGUAUAGUGCCAAGAAAAGCUGCAGAAGCACGCGACAACGAUGACUUGAAAAGACAUCUUCGUAAAGCUUUCGUCGUCCAGGAAAAACUUGUAUUCAGAAAUUAAGUCAUGAAGCAAACAAAUCAUUACGUUUCGACCUAUCAGAAGGACUAUACCUGGCCCUUAGUGUCAUCUAUAUGUAUUCAACCUCCGACUAAACCAAUCGUUGUUAAAGCUUGCAUGUGUACCGAUUCGCAGCAAGUACGUAAAGAGUCAUGGGAUGAGAACCUCGAGGGGUGGAGUCGAAUGUGUCCCAUGGGACGACUUCUGGAGCCAAAGAUUUAUCCCAAGAUCGAACGAGUUCCCCCGGCGGAUGUAAAGCGAUUCGAUCAGCCACUCAGUAUUUGCCUUGAAGAAGGAUAUCCUGGAUUGUACGAUGUGUUAGAGAAAUCACUUCCACGUGAAACGACUACGCGGGCGGAUGCUGAUCGCAUGAAAACGACGUAUCAAGUUGAUUACAGUGAUCCUGCAGCUGCACGUACGACACAGCGCGACAUGGCGUUGACAGUUAUCGAUGGGAACGGUGAACGCGUACGAUGUAGUAUGCCAAUAAAGAUAAUGGUAGCUGCAGAUUGCCCGUCGUACUGUCGUCUCCCUUCCGUGAAAUAUAACGGAAAUACGGACGUUUGGAAACAGGAACGAAAAAUCAGAUCAAAACACGAAAAGAAAUGCGAGAAUGAAAAAAGACUGAUGUCAUUGCCAUCCUGGAAAUCAGAGUAUCACGAUAGCAUCAGCAAAAUCGGUCAUGCCAUUAUGAAAGCUAAAUUACAUAACGUAAAAAAAAAAAUUGUACCACUCCAGUAUCAAUACUGUUAAUACAUUCAGUUGAAUGUAUCAAAAGACUUGCAGUCAACAGCCAAAUUAAAUAUGAAAUCCAAUUUUUUUUAAUAAACCAAUAUAAAAAAAUCAAAGUUUGUAAACGUAUAAUAAUAAUAAUAAAUAUUUUCACCGCCUUUUGAAUGUACGAAAUAUUUCGAGCGCGCAUUAAAAAUAAAAAAAAUAUAUAAUUAAA